UACAAACACGACACGUGGUAUCGGACAGUGAGGAGUUUUAAGGGGGUCUCAAGGUCAAAAAAGUUGACGGGUUUGCAGGAUCUAGAGAAAUCUCUUAAGAUGAAGCUGAGUCUUACCAAGGUAGUUAACGGCUGUCGUCUAGGGAAAAUAAAAAACCUGGGCAAAACUGGAGAGGGCACUAUGGAUAUUCCUGGCUGCCUUCUGUACACCAAGACUGGCUCCGCCCCGCACCUCACCCAUCACACGCUGCAUAAAAUCCACAGGGUGCCUGCCAUGGCCCAGCUUACACUGUCAUCACUAGCAGAACAUCAUGAAGUCUUGGCAGAAUUUAAGGAAGGAGUUGGAAAGUUUAUAGGCAUGCCAGAGUCACUGUUAUACUGCUCACUGCAUGAUCCAGUUAGCCCUUCUCCAUCUGGUUAUGUUACAAACAAGUCUGUGUCAGUUUGGGGUGUUGGAGGACGAGUAGAAAUGACUGUUGCCAAAUUCAUGGCAAUUCAGCAAGCGCUACAACCAGACUGGUUCCAGUGCCUGUCAGAUGGAGAGGCAUCUUGCUCGGAAGCAACUUCCAUAAAAAGAGCCAGAAAGUCUGUUGACCGAUCACUUCUAUUCCUGGAUCAUUGUCUUCGGCUACAGGAAAAGGCUGAGGGCCUACAGAAAAGUACCAUCAUUGGCGUGAUUGAAGGUGGAGACGUGCUGGAGGAGAGGCUGAGGUCAGCACGACAGACAGCUCUGCGGCCUGUGGGUGGCUUCCUCCUAGAUGGCUUUCAAGGGGAUCCAGCAGCCCUGGAGAGCAGACUGCACUUGCUGUCAUCAGUGACUGUGGAGCUGCCAGAGGACAAACCCAGGCUCAUCUGUGGAAUUAGUCGGCCAGAUGAAGUGCUUGAGUGCAUUGAAAGAGGGGUGGACUUAUUUGAGAGUUUUUUCCCUUAUCAAGUGACAGAGCGGGGAUGUGCCCUAACUUUCAGCUUUGAUUAUCAGCCGAAUCCUGAAGAGACAUUGCUGCAACAAAAUGGAACACAGGAAGAAAUACAAUAUGUGGAUCAAACAAAGAAAAUUAAAACAACUGAUUACAACCAAGAAAUGACAUCAUUUGAAAUUAAUCUGAAGGAAAAAAAGUACCAGGAAGACUUUGACCCAGUGGUGAUAGGGUGCUCCUGUUACUGCUGUAAAAAUCAUACUCGUGCAUACAUCCACCAUCUGCUAGUGACCAAGGAGCUGUUGGCUGGGGUCCUACUUAUGAUACACAACUUUGAACACUACUUUGGAUUUUUCCACGCCAUCCGGGAAGCACUGAAAAGUGACAGCCUGGCAGAACUGAAAGAGCUCAUCCGCAGGCAAGCAUCUUGAGACCUGGCGACUGCAAGUCUGACGGUUCACAGUGAGCCUGUUGCAGGAUGGGAAGAAGAGAAGGCGAAGUGAUCUCAGCUUUAACCGUUCAUAGUUGAGAGUAAGGUCUGUUCAAAUCGCGACUAUGUGUACAUGUGGCUGAGAUUUCUUUUAGGGACUUAAAUGACCUGCAUUGAUCAGAAAGAAUAAAUUAUGAUCUUUAAUAUUUCUGUGCUGCUUUUAUAGUCAGUAGAGACUCAUUGAGUCAAACACUUUAGAUGUGAAGUGACAUUCUUGAAGUGAGUGUGAUGAAACUGUUAGGGCUCACUGACUUGGAUUAGAGCCAAAGGGAGAUGACUGUUGAUGAGUAGCAUGACUUCUCUGGACUUAUGCUUGUUGGCUGGGGAAGGAAUUGUUUCACAAGUUUAUUGUAAUCCUUAUAUCCUCAGGAGCUUCUUUUGGACACUUUUGCCUUUCAAGCUGUCGCAGGAGUGCUGUCAAUCAGAAAUGACUUGUGGCUUGACCAGGCUUGCAUUCGUGGUGGAAUUUGAGGCUUACAAUUGCCUCUCUGGUCAUUUGGUCCACGGCAUACUGUUUCACUGGGCCACAUGGCCUAUUUGUGACUUGUCUCUCUAGAGCUAGUGCAGUUGCCUGUUAGAAGCAGGAAGUUUGCCUAACUGCUUUCCUCUGGUCAUAGAGAUUCAUUAUGGUCUACCUUCCAGGCUCACUUAUAGUCUAACCGUUUAUAGUCUAGCCCCAGCAAUUGGGGAGAUUCGUUCAUCUUGUAUUCACUUAGAUAGACCCCUGCCCUGGCAAUCAGAGGAUCAAGUUUCAGUUCUACUCAGCUGUGACACCUGGGCAGAUCACUUAACCUCUCCAUCCUGUUUCCUCCUGAGUAGGACACUCAUGGUGGGUAGGACGAAAUGAACUGUGAUUCUAGCUAUAAUAUUUGCGGAACAGUUUCAGACCAGGGUCAUAGCCCCUAUUGUCCUUAUUUAUUGAUCACUGUUUACUUGAUGAAAAUGAAGUAAUGUCAGGUAUCAGGCAACCGUAGGGGUGUUUGAAAGCCUGAAUAGGUUUGGUUUGUAGAUUUUAAAGCAAUUGGUAAAUUGGCAGCAGCAGAUCUUGUGGGCUGGAAGACUUUUCCACAUCAUCUGAUUCUGUAAAUUUUUCUGCUCUCACCAAAGGGGCAACAUGUUGAUGAUGUGUGGUAGGUGAUUUUCUAUAUUUGUCAGAUUUUGUAUAUAAAAUACAAAUAUAUAGACACAUGUACAGUUUUUGUAAAAACAACAAAACCAAUAAAAUGGCUUCACUUUUGUCUCCCAUUUUGCUGUUCGUGCAUUUUAAUGGGCAUCGCUGACCAUUGCUUGCAGUUGUUGUUUGGUUACUAUGUUUUUAUGUGUUGGGUGUCCAUUGAUGGGUUUGUCUUAUUAGUGGCUUAAGAAAGUCCAUGAAUUUUUGAAACUCUGGACAUUCUUAUAAUCUCUCCAUCAAUGGAAAGGGUUUCUUAUGGAACACUGGUCUAUUCUCAAGGAUCUUUGAAACAUAUUGUAUUGAGCUUGUUGUGUGUUUAUAUUACUGUUAAUGCCAAACCCACUGUUGAAGGGAUAGUAAUAAAAAUUCCAGAAUACAUAUAAAAUUGGUGGCUUUUAUGUAUGUUCAAUACACUGAAAAUCCUGCCUAGCAUUGUCCUUUUUUUCCAGGUCUUAUUAGAACAUUUGAAAAAUGUUUUUUGCCUUUAAU